AUGGCAGCCGUGUCAUCGCGAUUGGACGGUCUAUCAGAGGUCACGGAGCUGGAGCGGAUACCUUUACCUUACAAAGAGCUCUACCACACACUCGUCUUUAAGAAUGACAUGCCUGUCGAUCUCCUGCAGGAGAAACACCGGACAGGCGCACAACAACUCUUGACUUGGAUCCAGGCCGCCCUCGACCUUGUCAAGACCGUCAACGCAGCAUCCCAACAAGAACAGCAGCAGCAGCGCGAGGAGGCGGAGAACGUAUACAACAGCUUUGAUGGCCGCAGCAGCAGGACAAACAGCAGUACGAGCCUCCUGGAGGGCGAAUUGGAUGUCGAGAUUCAGGAUGUGGUCUCUGGAUUCGCACAGUACGAGCCUACUAUCGAGUCGAGCAUUGAGAUCUUGCUGCAGUUGGAGGAGUGUAUCUCUCGCCGGUUAUCGUCGUCGUCAACCGCCGGUGUCGCGAGCCAGGAGGGCCUCGACUCGUCCCGGCCACAAGUUCACCUGAGCUCUGAACUCGAGACUAUCCUGGAGCAGUGGUCACUCCUGCGAGGCAUCAUUAGUGACCUGGGUGGAUCAGUACGGGAGCAUCAACGGCUUCGGGACGGCAUCCAGAGCAUCUUCAAUAUCUCUGAGCAGACACGCGACGCGUCAGACAUCCUCGACAAAUGCUACAGGGACAUUGCCACAGAGAAGGCCAGAAUCAGUGAGCUGGCUUCCAGUCCGUCAUCGGCCUCGAUCGACCUUUUGGUUUCGUCGCUCAAGAACCACAGCAAUAGCAGUCUGAACGGAGGCUUGUCAAGGUCAGCAUCGCAAUCCUGGGGUGUCGACAGGAACGAUAUGUUGGAACUGGACUCUCGGAUCGGCCUGCUCUCACUCAAGAUGGAGUCCCUCCACAAGUCAUACCCGGAAUGCACACGGCCCGGCAAGCAGCCUCUAAGAGCCAGUAGCAAGGCGCGACCAGGCGAGUCAGAAUCGAUUGCAGACAAGAAGGCGAUGAUGCAGCGACACUAUCAGGAACUGUUGAGCGACUGGUACACUUUACGGACGCGGAGAGACCAGCUCUGGCGCGGUCUGGAGGAGUGCGAUCGGUGGCGGACAAAAAUCGAGAAGGUGGCCAAGCAGAUCGAGACCAUGUUGGAGCCUGUCGAGAUCUUCCAGAGGAUGUGUGUCAACAUGCUGGCCAACCUGGAGGGUCAAACCCUGGCCCAGAUCUCUGGAGAGGCACUUUCGAGCUUCCAGGAGCAGCAGCAGCAGCAGGACAACACCCUUGGUUGCCCGGACGCAUCCACAUCAAAACUGCCUAGUCUUCCCGUGGAUUUGGAGCUGUUGACAGCGACGCUCCAGGAGCUGGACGAGAAGCAUAUGACGGUCGCCCCUGCGAUCGAGAACAUCUUGUGGGUCCAGGACGGUGAGAUUCAUCAUCGAACCAAGAACACCGGAGCGUUGAUGUCACCUAUGACUCCCACCACUGCAGUGUCGAUGCAUGGGCUUCCACUCUCGGCAAUCGAUUCGCCCACAAACACUCUCGUUACCCCCUCAUCACCACCUUCCAACAGCAACAACGACAACACAGACUCCUCCCCAUUAUACCCAAGCCUCGAAAUGCUCGAUCGUCAGCGGGAACUCAAGCACAGGUGGACGAGCCUCAAGACUUCAUUGGAUACUGUUGGUGCAAAGCUGCACAUCCACCAUACAAUCCUCAGGGAGAAGGCGGCAGAGGCAGAAGCCUUGGCCAAGAAGAAGAAGAAGGAGGAGGAAGAGGCCGCCGCAGCUGCCGCCAAGGCAAAAAUUUCGGUCGGACAUCGCAACAGUGUUGACGGAAGCGACUGGCGAUCAUCUCGGGAUCCGACAUCUCCACACACCUUGCGCCGAUCGGCCACAAGCACAGCCACGUCGAGAAGCCCGUCAGUCGCGAGAAGCCACUCGUCCAUGAGAAGCUCCUCGGUCACUCGGCCCAUCUCUCCCAACUGGAACACGUCUACCCGUUUCUUGCGCGGCAAACUCGUCUCGUCGCUGUCAAUGGACUCUGGAGUGGUUCGCAAGUAUAUGUUGGUCAAGUCGGACCAGCCUGAAUGGACCAAGCCACGGCCCUGGUGCCCUUCUGUCAGCACUUCGUCUCCGAGCAUGCCUGGAUUUCCCUUGCAGGAAUCCCACUGGGGUUACUUCCUGGUGGGCAAUGACCCCAGCCAGGACAACUUUGGCCAGAUCAUUGCCGCCCCAGCACCACCACCUGUUCGAUCUGCAACGCCUGCACCUGCCAAGCCAACGACACCAUCCCUCAAGGACACCCGUCCGCCAUUCUCACCUGGCGGAAACCGAAAGUUCACCGCCCUGAGCACCCCACCACGUCCGAUGCCAAACCGAUCCAUGUCAGUCGCAUCGGGCGAUUUUAGGCAGAACAUGAUCCCUGCGGGCGGCUCCGAUAUCGUGGAUUGGACAAAGACUCUGAGACGUUCGACCUCCUUUACCAACAAUGGCAAGGGCUCCAAGGACAACACACCACAGGUGCUACGAGGAAAUAGCAAAAUCAAGCCCUCGGCGUCUACCACCAGCUCGGGCGGUACCGCUCGACCCGGUGGUGCUGGCAACGGUCGGGACAGUGUGGCGUCGACGCGUCGCAACAGCACCGUGAGUCAGAUCAGUCAAUGGAACGACAAGGGCAACCAGUACCGCCAAGCGCGUCGACCUUCUUUCACCUCCUCCGAGGACGAUGAGACGAUAUUAGGCUACAACAAUACCAAUAUGCACGGCCAGGCACCCCUUUCCAACAACAACAACAGAAGGGCUCGUCGUCUGCAGGGUCACACCACGAGCGGCGGUGCUGGAUACGGCAUGCCUCCACCUCCACUCAACACCAUGACAGACUCGACCUCCAGCUUCGACUCGAUGAUGAGCUCUUCGACAUCGUCCUUCAACGCUUACGGCUCUUCUCUGUCCUCGUCAAUCGGCAUGCGCUCGCCUUCGCCCUAUGGGCCCAUGUUUGGAUCGUCGUUUGCUGCUGCCCGGUCGACUGCGGCCUUGCACACGGCACUCCUGGCCAGCAUGUCGUCAUCGUCUUCAGCAUCUGUUGGAGGCAAACAGAGUGAUAGUGGUGGCAGUGGGUCAUCAUCGUCGUUGAUGAAGAAGAGGAGUCAGGUGAUGAACUUGGGCUCUGUUAGCGGUGCGACUGGCUCAGCUUCCUCGGCGUCGUCGUGGAUGAGCAUGAACACCGGUGGAUUGUUGUCUGCCUUGUCAUUCACUGUCCCCACCUACAGCUUCGAUGAUGACUUCGCCGCACUCGGAAACCUUGACGAGUCCAUCGCCGCCAUGUAA